CUUAGGGGGAGCGGAGGGUCACGGCAGGUCCUAGGGCUGGUACAGGGGCCGCGGAUAAUUCAGAGCUCACGUGAGAGAUGCUAACUUUCCCCCCCCUGCAGCAAGGUUGUUGCUGGGUGGUCUAUGGAUGAGUAAGGAGUGAAAACAGGAAGCAGUUGUCAUAACUCGCCUGUCAAAAUCAAUUUACAAGUGUUUAAACCCAGUUGUUCGGAAAGUAAAAUCUAGUUGCAGAUUAUGGCUUAUCGACUUUCAAAAGAAGAAUUAGAUGAGCAAUUUGAACAGUUUCUGAAAGAGUCUCUUUCAGAUGAUUCACUUGGAAGUUCAAAGAAAAAAUCCAGCGUUCUUGAGACACUGGGACAGCCCAGGAAAAAAGAAUCAAAGAAAAAAGAUUCAGUGCCAUGGUGGAUAUCUGAGGAAGACUCUGAUGAUGUUGGAAUGCUUGGAAGCAACGGGAGCUUUGUCAAGCUACAGAAGACUUCACAGCCUGUGGGCGACGUUGAUGAGAAUACGCACGCAGAAAACGUACCCUUUCAGAAAAGUACUGGGGUUUCUGUCUCCUUAAGUCGAGACAGCCUGGAGACAAACGAUUCACUUGUAGCUUCUGGGCCUAAUCAAAGUAUGGUGGGAGCUGGAUUGGAUACCUUGGAAGAGCAAGAAGAAAAAGAAAUAUUCUUUGCCAAACUUGAACAAGAAGCAUCGUCUACUAUUGAUUAUUCAAGAUUAAAUAAAGAGCUGGAUUCCAAUGAUUCUGUAAUACUAGCACCAUUUGUACGAAAUGAAACAACUGAAAAAGGAGAAGAGGAAUCCGCACAUGAAGAAAAAUCUGGCAGCUACAGUGAAGAUUUUGAAGAGGAGACGGAUGUUAAUCCUGCCUUUAAAACUGAAGGAAGUCAGGAACCAAACACUGGCAUGCUGGCUAAAGUUGUAUUACUUGAUUCACAAGAUUCAACUACAGAAAUUCAGAAGGCUACUGAAACAUCAGAUGUAGCUCUAGGUGAGCGUUACCUGCCUCAAGAAAUUACGGGAAUUGAAAUGAAUGAAACAGGCUCUUCCUAUGGACAAACUACCAGCGACAUUGAAGCACUACACCAGGCAUAUCAUCACAUCGAUCAGUCUUUGGGAGACACUGAUGAGCUAAAAGUGCAUGCUUCUGCAACGGCAGUCUCAGAAUGUUUAGUGCAAAGUGUUUCACAGAAUAAUGACAUCUAUUCAAAAAAUAUGUCAACUACUGAAUCAGAUUUACCUACUGUAGAAGAAUUCAUGAAACCGAUUAAAGGAGAUUCAUGUAAUGCCAGAGGUUUUGAAAUGGAGCCUGAAAGUCCUGUAAAACCGACAGGCAGCCCAGCAGGUGAGCUGGUCAACCAUUUGCCAUUUAGAGGGCGUCAGCAGAACACAAUUUGGGAGACAAGCUUGUCUGAAAAAUUUAACAGAGAAGAGAGCCUCUAUCCUCAGACGGCUGUGAAUGAAGAUGGCCUUCAGAGGGUGACUGAGAAAGAAGUUGAGACCGAUGAAAUACAGCCUGGCUCGCUGAGAGAAAAGAGAGCACAGGACUCUCUGCUUUCACAACAGGACAACAAAAACAAUCAGUAUGCUUUGUUGCAGGCACUUCAGUCUCAUUCCUUGAAGAAUGAAAGACUAGAAUCAGUGACAACUAAACAAAUGUUGUACAAGAAUAUCCCAAGUACAGCACCUUUGCAUAAAAAGAAAUCUUCACAUGGUCCUCAUGGAUUGGUUAGGAGUUCUGGAUAUGGGAAGUCCAGUUCACUUUCCAAACAGUCUUUUCCAGCUAGUGAAAAGAAAACACUGAGAGAAACUUUCAAAAAGAUCGAUGUGAAAGCCAAAAGUCCAGCAGAAGGCUUAUGUGCUACUAGGAUUAUAAAAUCUGCAACAAAUGAACCGACUCUGAAGGAGGGCAUUAACAAAGUUAUGUCUGGCGAAUCAGUUAUUAGUAAACAUGCGCAGCAGGUUGUGGACUCUUGCAGGCAGUAUCAGCAUGACUUACCAUUUUCUCCUAUCAAAAGUUGUGAGAGAGAACUGUAUUUGCUAAGGCGAGCACAAGUUGCAGAGGAAGAGCUGAAUACGGCUCAUGAUUUGAUUCAACAGCUAACCAGCACAGUUUCACAAAAGGAGCAAGAAAUGGAGACAAAGAUAAUGGAAUUGAAAACACAGCAUGAAAAAGAGCGCUGUCAGCUGGGUCAAGAAAAUUAUGUUCUUCAGAGUAAGUUAAGAACCCUGGAAGAGCUGACUAAAGGAAAGAGUUGGAUCCAUGAUACAGCAACUGUUCCUAUCGGUGAAGAAAAAUUGACACAAAUAAAAAAAGAAAUUGAAGAUCAAGAGGUCAUUAUUCAGGGUUAUCAACAGGAAAAUGAGAAGUUAUACAAACAAAUGAAAGAGCUUCAAAUUCAAAACAAGAAACAUGAGGAACAAAUGUUUAAGGAGAAUCAAUGUUUAAUGUCUGAAUUAAUAGCCCUAAGAGAAAAGGUGACUACGACUGAUAUCCAGUCACAGGUAAUGCAGGGUCCUGAACCAGCCAGAAAUCAGAGUUUCACAGAACUGAUUUCAGAGCUUCGAACAGCACAGAAGGAAGAAACUAAAUUACAUGAAGAAAUAAGACGGCUUAAACAAGACAAACAAGCUCUUGAGGUAGACUUGGGACAAGCAAAGAAAGAGAGAGAUUUAGCAAAAGUCCAGAUUGCCUCCGCAUCAGGUGAGAAAUCAUAUGAAUUUAAAACUAUGGAAGAAUCUUACAAACAGGAAAUUGCUCAUUUAAAAAGACGACUUCAGUGGUAUGCAGAAAAUCAGGAUCUUUUGGAUAAAGAUGCAGCGCGUCUGAAAGAUGCGAGAGAAGAAAUUGAGAAACUAAAACUAGAGGUCGAGAAGCUCAGAAGUGAAGCUGGAAAUCAGUGUGUGCAACAGAAGAACCGUUUGAGGGACAGAGCAGCAGAUGCUAAAAGAAUUCAGGAUCUUGAACGACAAAUCAAAGAAAUGGAAGGGAUUCUAAAAAGAAGGUAUCCAAAUUCUUUGCCUGCUUUGAUUUAUGCUGCUGCUGCUGCUGAGAAAAGUAAUGAUCUUUCAGCUAAAACAAACACAGUUGAUUUUUUGGAGAGAAGAAUAAAAAAGUUGGAAACAGAACUUGAGGGUAAAGAUGAUGAAGCUAAAAAAAGUCUCCGUGCUAUGGAACAACAAUUUCAGAAAAUAAAGGUACAGUAUGAACAAAGACUCGUAGAGCUUGAGCAACUACUUGCCUAUAAAUUGAUGAGUGAAUCGCCAAAACUGAACAGUGAUAAAGCCAGUUUUACAGAACUUGAACAGGAGCUUCAAAAUCUAAAGGAGACCCAUCAAAUCACUGUUAAAAACCUCCAGACAGAAAUUGAAAACCUUAAAAGUCAAAAUUCACAACUAACACUUGGAAGGAAAAAGGAUACUAAAGACUUGCAAUCAACAGACUCUCAAGUGAAACAAGCUAACACAAAAGAGAGACUGUUAAAACUAAAUCAAGAGCUGGUCACCAAAAAUAGGGAAAUACAAAACCUGACAAAAACUGUAGAGAAACUUCAAAAAGAAAGGAGAAUGAUGUUGUCUGAUGAUAAUUUCAGAAAUAAAACUGAUAAUAAGGAAAAUUCUACAGAGAUCUUGAAAAAGAAUACCUUAGCAAGAGAUGCAAGGAAUGCCAGCAAGAGCGAGCACUUGUCAGGCAUUUUCAACGAUGAUAAAGUAUACCAGCCACAUACCUUUUCUGAUACUAGUAUCUCGGAAGUUCUACAAGAAAAUAAACAGUUAAAAGAUGACCUGGAAAGACUGUCUCUAGAAAUGAACCAGCAGAGGGUGAAGUCUCAAGCAACACUGGCUUAUUCCGAAAAUCAUGUAAGAAGGAUGCAGGAAGACACAGCAGAAUACAUUGCAGCUCUGAAAGCUUCCCAUCAGAGGGAAAUAGAGAAAAUUCUUUGUCAGCAUGCGAUGGAGCAUUCUACUUCUAAAGUAGCUGAGCUACACAGCAGAAUCUCAACACAAGAGAUAUUAAUAAAACAUCUCCAAGAACAAAUCAAUGAGCAACAGAGACAUCAGGAAGCCCUUCUAGUUUCACAAAUGCGAGAGGAACUCCUACAAAAAGAGGUGGCAAAGUUGUUGGAAGAAUUGAGAGAGGCUAAGGAGAGCCACAGUCCUGAAAUGAAACACUUCUUGUGCCUAGAAAAGAAAAUCAGGCGUAUAGAGACCAGACAUGCAGAAAGAGAACAAGCACUUCAAAAGGCAACACAACUAACACAACAUAUACCUGAUGCAAGGCAAACCCACGAAGUUGAGAAGUGGAGAAGACUUGCACAGCGGAAGAAUCAAGAACUGGAGAAAUUUCGAGUGGAAUUGGAUUCAAUAUUAGAUGUUUUACGAGAACUGCAGAGACAAGGGGUUGUUAUUCCGGGGCCUAAUUCCAGUGGAUUCAGCGUGACAGACAGCUGUUGGAAGACAUGAUUAGAUGUGAGUUGAUUAGAGUAGCAGAAUUUCAAUAUACAAAGUUAUGUAUAGAAAAUAUUAUUGAAAGUCAUUAAUGUAAUACUUGUAACUUGAAUUACAUGCUGAUUUCAUCUGAAAUCUUGUUUGUCCAAAGGUAGAGUUGCACUGAGUAACACCCCACUCAUAUUGUACAUCUUAUAUUUUGUUAGUAAUGGAGUUCUCUGCAAAAAUAUUUUUGAAAUAUUAGAACUACUGAAGAUAUUCCAUCAACUCAACUACCAUUGAAAAAUUCCAUUUUAUGCUUUCAGUCGCUGUAGAACACGCCUGAAUAUUUUUAACUCGUCUUUGUAACUUUGUGUUAUAUUAGUUCCUUUAUGAACAAUUUAAGUAAUGUGAGCUGCUAAUAUUUUUAAUACAUAGUGCUAUCAGUAUUUUUCAUUUCAUAGGGCAUGAAAUCCUCUUUCUACCAACAUUUUGAUUCUCUGCCUCAAACCGCUUCUCUCCCUCUAAUUUCCUUCCCUUAUCUUAAAAGAUGCCCUUCAAGCUUGUAAAUGCUUGAAGGGGUUGAGCAGAGCCAGAGCAGGUGUUUUCUGGUGAUCAAAUCCAAACAAUUUUUUGUUUACUCUAGAUAUUCCCAACUCUGGUAAGAAUGAUGGCAGAGCAGUCUAGCUGAAUUGUUAUGGGGGCAGAUGCAAAAAAGCUUGUAAAAUACAGUUGCAAGAGUAAGUUAUCAAUACCCUUUUAAACUAGAAGGAUGUAUUGAGUAUGGGGCGGUUGGGUUUUUUUUGUUUGUUCGUUUGUUUGUUUUCUCUGAACUGGCUAUUCUGGGUCUGAUUGAUAAGAGUAUUAGUGUCUUCAUAAACUAUCUAGACAGAAUGAAGUGGCCUAUCAUAUGUAAAGACCACGUGGUAAAGCUCAGACUGCAGGGAUAUAUUGGUGGGCAAACUUAAAAUUCUGGGCAAAUUGAAGAAAAAAUAGGCUUCAGGAGGGACAAAGGAAAUUACUAUACUUACUUAAGAAGGAAUAAUCCGCUGCACAGAUUUGGAACGUGGAUACAACUUUCUGAUGAGUUGAUUAGCAUCAUAGCAGAUAAGCUGAACGUUAGCCAGUUCUUCCCUCCUUUAUCCUAUUGGCAGGUAUACAUCUACAUAUAGCCUGCAAAAUACUAAAUAGCCUGGAAGGAAUUCCUCAUAGAUCACUAAGGUGCAGCUCUGUGUGUUGAGCUUUUGUUUCCUUGUUUCAAAAGAACAUGGACACACGGGGGCUGCCCAGCUCUAGAGAGGAGACUGGGGCAGGAAGAUAAAAGAUGGCUAUUACAGUUUUUCUUAUAUGAAAAACCUGCUGCUAAGAGGACAGAAAAAAGGACAAGUAGUAAGUCAAACUGUAGUAAGGAACAUCCAUUAUAGUUAGUUAGUGGCUGGAAGGACAGGUUUUCUAACAACAAGCUCAGUAAAAUACUAGAUUGAAGUCUCAGCACCACAUGGCCUUAAAAAUUACAUAGAAAGCUUACAUUGAGGUUGUAGCACAGUCAGUCAAUCAGCUGUACUUACAUAAGGCAAAGAUUAAAGCAUAGAUGGACACGAGGACCCCUAUUUUUUGUAAUUUUGUACAGUUUACCCUAUAGUUUGUAUCAUUUGUUGAACUUGAAGCUAAGAUUUAAGUCAGUCAGUCAAAAGUAAACUACAGUUCAGGGCUGUGUGUAUGUAGCUAUAUGCCAUGCCUCUUCAGGGAACAACAGUAAAACUAACACAUUUUUGGCUUAUCUCUCUAAGCAUGUGACUGAGCAUGCAUGCAGAACAAAGUAUAGCAAACUAUACCAUAUUGGUACAGACAGUAGCUAACAGUACAAAAUUUUUUUUUUGAGAAUUAAUGAUGUGCAAAUAGGAAUAGUGUAUAUAGAGAGAUGAUAAAUUUAGGAUUAAUAUGAUAAUCAUCUUGGUUGUGUCAUAUUUGGGUAUCUUCAAUAUGCUUAAUAUGGAAGAUUUUGUUCACAAAGAAUAAAGUUGUAAGCUGCAUUUACACA